ACUUAUAAUAGGCCGGCAAAUCCUGCCUCCUUCCACCUUCGUAUCAGAGCCAGCUCCUCCCCCUUUUCUCCCCACUACUUAUAAUACGGGACUCUAACAGCCUUCAACAUAAAUGGCUGCUGCUUCGCAAGAAAUUAAGCUAGCACCCAUCAUUGACGGCGCCGAGCAGUCGAAUGAUGACGGGUUUGCUGCCGCUGAUGAUUACGAGGACGAGAUUGCGUACUCUGGAUGCGGUUGCUUCCAGCGUUUUUGCCUACGGUGGCGCGGAGGAAUCAAUGGUGGAUAUGGGUAUUUGGUGCGGCGGCAAGAAGAGGAGAUUAGAGAGAGUUGGGUGGUGAGAGCGGUGAAGAAGCUCAAGGAGGUUUCGGAGGUUUUGGCGGGACCGAAGUGGAAGAAUUUCAUCCGGAGGUUCAGUGUUCAUGGAAUUAACAAGAAAAGAAGGAUGAAUUUUCAGUAUGAUCCUCAAAGUUACGCGCUUAAUUUCGAUGAAGGGAUGAACAAGGGAGGAGAUGAAGGUUUUCCUGCUUUCUCUUCUAGAUUUGCUGUGACGCGAUGAGCCAGCUGGUUUUUUUGCUUGCAUUUUUUGCUGAUUUUGCUAUUUAUUUCAAUUUACUUUUCAUAUCUUUCUAUUGGAUGUAAAUUCUUCAUUUGUUUGGGACCUUUGGGUUUCAUUUGUCUCUGUAAAAAUACCAGUUUCCAAAAUCAUUCAUUAUGACUUCAUGUUGAAGAUCGAAUGUGACACGGUUUGAAAGUCAUGGGUUUGGGUUGGAAGGAAUGGUAGGAAAGGGUGCACAACUAUUCCUUC